AUGUCUUUCGCGAAGCUUAAUGCUCGUCACAUUCAAAACUAUAGCGCUGCCACCACAUUAGAGCCACAUUGGGGUUAUGCGGAUCGAGCCCUGCCAUGCACCAACGAUGCUGGCUCUUGUGCUUAUCUGGACGUCGUUUAUGCAUCCCAUGACCGGGGGAUGCUAUACACAGGCAUUCUGUGGUGCGCAAUUGGUGGUGUCCUCCUGAUCUGGGCGCUGAUUCACCAAAUCGCUAAGCCGGCUACCUAUUCAAACACGGGUACUGAUGAUUUACGUGGACUUCGCCGAGUCCAACAUACCCUUGCAUCAUUCUCCCGCAAAUAUCUCCUGCCUGAUGCAGCCCAUGUGAUCUUUGGACGAACAACAAGGCUUCAGGUCCUCAUUGUCACUCUUUUGGCAGGCUACCUUUUGAUUUUCAGCUUCGUUGGUAUUUCCUACAACACGUGGAUCACUCCCGUCUCGCCUGUACCUGGCCUUUAUCAGACCCGCAGCAGCAUUGGCCCAUGGGCGGAUCGCGUUGGCGUUUUUGCAUUUGCUCUAACCCCACUAUCCGUGAUGUUGAGUAGUCGAGAGUCCUUUCUGUCACUCAUCACGGGCCUGCCAUAUCAGAGUUUUAAUUUCAUGCACCGUUGGCUUGGUUAUAUCAUUUUUGUGCAGAGCUCCCUUCACACUAUUGGCUGGUGUAUCGUUGAGCUGAGAUUAUACCAGCCACAACCAUCUACAGGUAUUGAGUGGAUUACACAGACAUACAUGGUCUGGGGCAUUGUGGCCAUGUUUUUGCUUCUUCUCCUCUUCGUGCUGAGCACACCAUGGGGUAUCAGAUUCACCGGAUACGAGACCUUUCGCAAGCUUCACUAUGUCCUCGCAAUGGUCUAUAUUGGUGCAUGCUGGGGCCACUGGAAGCAAUUGAAGUGCUUUCUCCUACCGUCUUUGAUCUUCUGGUUCUUAGAUCGAGGUGCUCGUCUCGUUCGCACCGCAAUCUUGCACCAUCGCCCAGAUCACCCGGGGAUAUUCGCUUUACAGGCUGCGGAAGCAGCUAUGACCCGGUUUCCAGAUCAGGAGCACGGUGAUGUGAUUCGGUUGGAUUUAGAAAACGAACAAGAUCCAUGGGCCAUUGGUCAGCAUUAUUACUUGUGUUUUACGCAAUGCAGUAUCUGGCAAUCCCAUCCCUUUACCCCCCUCAACGCGCCAAUCGUGGAAAAGGGGAAAGUAAGACACUCAUACCUUCUUCGGGCAAAAAGUGGAGAAACGAAAAAAGUCGCAUUGCUUGCUGCAAAGGGCAACUCUGCUACCCCCAUCAUUUUCACAGGCGCAUAUGGCGAUGAUAUCACUAAAGGACUUUCGCUAAAGACCAACAUCAUAUGCAUAGCUGGCGGCACUGGCAUUACAUACGUCCUCCCUGUGCUGCUUGAGCUUGCACGACAGCCAUUAUCACCAGGCCGGAAGAUUGAAUUGAUCUGGGCUAUUCGCCAUACUUCAGAUACUGCCUGGAUUAGUUCAGAACUGGAUGUUUUGCGAAAAGUCCGAAAACGUUUGAAUCUCCAAAUCAAAAUUUUCGCAACCAGGGAUGCUAGCAGCGUGUCCUCUUCAGUCGUUGACCAUACAACCUGCAAUUUAUCCUGUUCGGACAUGGACGAAAAGGUCAAUAGCGCUUCAAAAUCCUCUUUUCCCCCAACAUGCUGUGACUGCGAAGAACCUACACCAGUGGAGAAACUAGGUGGAGGACCACAGACAGGUGGCAAACAUCCGGAUCUAUUGAACUUGAUCAACAAUUUCCUAGAGAAUACGGUGGAGGGUCCAACCAAAGUCUUUGCUAGCGGACCUGGUGGCAUGAUCAGUGACUUACGGAAUAUCAUUGCCACUUGCAACUCGGGCCUCAAAGUUUGGGAAGGAAAACAGAGUUUUGAUGUCGAUCUUGUGUGCGAUGAUCGUCUUGAAUGGUAA